AUGCAUCGCGCUCUACUAGUCGACGAUAUCGUUUGCACUAUCUUACAAAAUGUUACGUCGUCAGCGACAGACGUCAUAAACUUUGCAAGCACUUGCUCUGCGAUCUCUUCUCCCGCCCUCGAUACCCUCUGGUGCACACAGUCAAACUUGGGACCCCUCAUUAUGUGUCUGCCUCAAGACACCUGGAAAGUCGGAGAUGAUAAUCUCAUUGACUUUUCCCGUGAGCCGCUACCUAUGGAAUGGCAGUGUGUCAGGAUGAACACGUCAAUGAUACACAAGCUCGUUGGCAACCUCAUUGGCCAUUCCAAGUGCCCCCCAACACUGCAUUGCUGUAUCCUACAACGACUUCUCGCCCAGUUUCCGCCCACUUCGCUCUUUCCCAACCUUGUCACAUUGGAUUUUGAAAUAGUGUUUGAUCUGAUGGAGUUUAGUUCAAACUUCUUGCUACUUCACCAGUUCCUCUCGCCCAGAUUAGAGAUGCUGGCCUUUUCCGUACCAAGCAUCGACCUACCUCUCAACAAGUUGGCAAAGUUAAUUCUCCUGGACGUAAUCCGUGAUGUGUGUCUGACUGGGCAUAGCAUCGCUGAUAUCGGGCACUUGCGUUCUCUACAAGUCCUGGCACUUACUUUGCAUGAAGGAUCUGGUGUUCUGCAGGACUCACGAUUGAUGGAUACGCCAGUUGAAUUGAGCGCCCUCAACCACCUUGGGCUCAUUGCUGAUCGCAUGCAACUUUGCACAUCCUUCCUUCUUCGCGUUAUCACCCCACACUUAUCAAGCAUUGGCAUCAAGUACACUAAAUAUGCUACACCGGCAGAAGUCGGAAAGUUCGUACUAUCCCUUCACGCGUCUUGCCAAUCCUUCGAACUCGAAGAGAUCUCUAUUCAAAGCUAUAAUCGCCCCCUGUAUCAGGACCUUAACCUCUAUAGCCCACUUCCUUCCCACCUUUUCCGGCCCUUGCUCAAGUUUAGAGGGCUGAAGACUGCCAAGUUCAUAGCCAUAGGAAAUUACUGUCUUGAGGAUGCUGCAGUUGCUUGGCCAGAUAUUCACGAUUUGCGAUUUGCCUCCAAGGAAACAGUCACAUCCAUGGUCACCUUCGCCGCCGUGCUUUCAUUAGCCUCGUGA